ACACCUAAGAAAAGAUAACUCUUACUGAAAUUCUAAGUUAACUAACGUCAAUGAAGUGUUUUAAAAUACGCCUCAUAUUACAAGCGUUUUAUUGACAUGGAAUAGUUGUUUACCUGUUGUUAUGAAGCAGACGAGACAUCACUGUCAUAAUGGAACAGCGUAAACGUAAUACGUUUGGUAAAUUUACGAGAUCUAAAUCUGCCGAUAAGAAAUCGAGUCGUUCAGAUUACUUCAAAUGGUUAAAUGAUGGCAGGAAAUUGGAAGAUUCUCCGCAAGUCGGCUUGCGUAAUGAUCAUGGCAAUUACGUUUGCGAGUAUCUUGAUGUUGGGGCCGAGGCUGAAUUGGAAGGUGAUGACACGUCUGAUGUACCAAAAUCUUGGGCAAUAGGGAGAAGAAUUGUAGAGUGGAAUAUCCUGGCGGAAGGGAUGUAUUGCUGUACUUGCAAGUGUCCACUUCACCUGUCAGAUAUUGUUGGAGAACGAUUGUUUGGGCUAGGUGGUCUACUGAUGGUAGAUUGUAAACUGUGUCAUACUGUUACUGAUGUGCAUUUUGGGAAGAGAGGACCAUCUGGAAGUUAUGACAUCAACACAAAAGCUUCCAUGGGAAUGAUACAUGCAGGGAUGGGCCCAACUCAUCUGCAGAACUUUCUGGCGGAAUGUAACCUGCCAUCCAUUACAGAGAGCACAUUAAGGAAAAAAGAGAAAGAAUUAAGUGGACAAAUUAGAAAUGUAACAAUCCAGUCCUGCAAUAUGGCACAAAGAGAGGAAAAGUCACUCAGCACAGAUGGCAAUAUUGAAGCAAGUUUUGAUGGUGGCUUGCAAAAGAGAGGAUCUGGUUGGAAUUAUAAUAGUAAUACAGGACAUGCAACUUUUAUUGGAAAGGAGACAGGAAAGGUGCUGUCAUUUGAUUUAAGAAGCAAGACAUGUAAGAUUUGUGAGUUCCAUCAAAACAAAAAAGAGACAGUUCCGGAGCAUGAGUGCCAUCUGAAUUGGCAUGGGUCUAGUAAAUCCAUGGAGGCAGACAUGGCGGUGUCAAUGGCCCACACAUUAAAAGAUCGUGAAUGUGAAAUUAAUGUCAUACACGCUGAUAAUGAUGCAUCAACAACAGCAAGACUUGAAGUGGAGUUUGGAAAUAUCCAAAAAAAAGAUGACCAAAACCAUGUGAAGAAGGGGUUAUCAACCAGCUUGUAUAAUAUUUCAAAGAGUUACAAAGAAUUGCAAAAGGAUGAAACAAAACAGUAUAUAUUGAGGUGCUUUAUGUAUGCCAUUAAGGGAGGUGACAAUGGAGAUGACAUUAAGAUGGGGCUGCAAAGAAUUGUACCACAUAUUUUUGGAUCACAUGAAAAUUGUAAAGAUGCUGACUGGUGUAGCUAUCAUCAAAAUCCAGAGAAAUUUAUGUAUAAAAGUUUACCAAAUGGGAAACCACUCAAGUCUGAAGGAUUAAAGGUUGAAUUGAAUAAUUUAGUGACCAAAAUGAUUGGUAGGAGUAAUUCUUUAAAUGAUCUUGGAUCUACACAGUCAAAUGAAAGCUUUAACCAGCUUGUAUCUGUAAAGGCACCUAAAUCAAGACAUUAUGGUGGAUCAUGCUCACUUCAGAAUAGGCUAUCUGCAGCUGUGCUUCAGAAAAAUGAAGGAUAUGGCUACUUAUCCAAGAUCAAUGAAGCAGCAAACCUCUCUCCAGGGGAAUUUACAAUGGCAAUUUCGGCUGUAAGAGACAAAAAACUGGAAAAAAAGGAAAGAAAAGAAAAAUUCAAAGGAAUACAAAGUCAACCGUAUACAAAAGAAAAGGAACCGUAAUACAAAUGAACGUAAACAUCUUGUAAGAGAGGGUAAAACCUAU